CGCGUCUUCACUGCGGGACGUGCCUUCCCAUCAUGGAGGAGAGGCGCAGGCUUUGAAGUGGGCGGACGCUGCCUUCAUGGACGCCAGCCUUUCCAGUGCUAAUGUGAGGGAGCAGCUCCGGUUUGUCCAAUGAUUGACACCAGCACGCCCGCCAUGCUGGACGGAAGCGGGCCAGCGCACUGCACCGUGUGCUGCUGCACGCUGGCCAACAAAAUCCUCAUGGUGGUCUUCAUGGUGCUGCUGAUCCUGGCCAUCCUGUUUGGGAACCUGCUGACGCUGGCGGUGGUGCUGGGCACCAAACACUUCCACACGCCUCAGGGCUACCUGAAGGCCUCGCUGGCCGUGGCCGACCUGACGGUGGGCGCCUUCGUGGUGCCGCUCUCCGUCUACGCCGAGGUCUACCUCAUGGCCGGGGACGCGGCGCCCGAGUGGACGGUGUCCAACUCGCAAUCGGUGAGUUUCCACCCGUGCAACGUCAUCGGGCCCAUCUUCGCCGGCUGCACACUGGUGUCCAUCACCACCAUCUUCCUGCUGACCAUCGAGCGGAGCAUCGCCGUGCUGCGCCCGCUGCACAAAGACUCGGUGAUCACCCGGAAGAGGACCACCACCCUCAUCUGGCUCUCAUGGCUGGGAAGCUUCUUCCUGGCCGUGUCGCCCAUGGUCUUCAGCCGCGAGAUCGCCCUGGAGUACAACCCCUGCAGCCGCAUGUGCAACUACGCACUGGGGACCAUCGGCGAGUUCCCCUCGCAGGCCUGGAACAUCCUCCUCCUCUUCCCGGCCUUCGACUUCACGCUGCUGAGCGGCACGGUGGCCAUCAACAUCAUCUCGCUGUCCAGCAUCAGGCAGCACUCCAAGCGCAGGAAGCACCUGGCCGAGGCCGAGUGCCAGAGCGCCACCAAGCCCACCUUCUCCGACAUCAAGGCGGCCAAAACCAUCGGGGCGCUGACGGUGGCCUUCAGCGCCUCCUUCACGCCCAUCGCCGUCUUUGUGGUGGGCAACGUUUUGGGGAACGAGUGGUGCAACUUCUCCUUUUUUGCCUUCUGGAUUUUGGCCGCCAACAGCUGCUGCAACGUGAUCAUUUACAGCGUUCGCGAUCAGAAGUUCAGGAUUUGUGCGCACAAGCUGCUCAUGCCUCUGCAGAGGAGCGAGGCCAACAGCAGCUGCAGACAGACUUGAUCUUUCUUCUCCCUGCUCUUCUCCGUUGUCUUUGAAACGCUGAUUAUUGUGGGAGGGGCUAGUCUUGUUCUCCGUCAAGCUGUGGAACAGUUCUUCGACUUCAACACGUGACCAGGACCAACUUCUCAGACCUUCAUAAUAAAGUUUAUAAGAAGUCAGCAACGCUUUGGAAGUGUCCUACACAGCCCCCUACCAGGGGUGUCCAAACUACGGCCCGCGAGACCUCACAAGUUCAACAAAGCAUCACACUGUGCGUUCAAAUUAAUCUUAAAUACCCGGCGGUCUCUGGAUGCUACAUAUUUGCUGCCAUCUUGUGGACAAUGUGAGUAAAUAAGAUCAACAACCCUUGAAAGUACUUGGAAUUAUUGGCACAGCAUUUACUAAUAUUACUAAAGUUAAAGUUAAAGUACCAAUGAUUGUCACACACACACUAGGUGUGGUGAAAUUUGUCCUCUGCAUUUGACCCAUCCCCUUGAUCACCCCCUGGGAGGUGAGGGGAGCAGUGGGCAGCAGCGUAGCCGCGCCCGGGAAUCAUUUUUGGUGAUUUAACCCCCAAUUCCAACCCUUGAUGCUGAGUGCCAAGCAGGCCAUGAAUUGAUUAACGUGGACCCCGACUUAAACAAGUUGAAAAACUUAUUGGGGUGUUACCAUUUAGUGGUCAAUUGUACGGAAUAUGUACUGUACUGCGCAAUCUACUAAUAAAAGUUUCAAUCAAUCAAUCAAAAACACAAUAUAAACAACCUUCCCUAGUAAUAGUAAAAAAAGAAGAAGCAACAAACAUAAAAGUGAACACACAUGGCCACACAAAACACAACCUGCUCACUGAACAUUGUGGAUAUUAUAAAAAACGUCCCAGACCCCAUACAAAUUUUAAGUUACACCCAUUUAAAUCCAUUAGAGUGCAUGAUGGGGAAAAAUGUAAAACACUAUCCACAUUUAUCCACGUUUGCCGCAUUUUAGCUGCUUGAUAUUUCUAAAUAAAUUACAAAACUUUAAGAAGGAUCGUCACGGACGGAAACAAGUUAGGAGUCGAACUUUGUCUUAAUAUCCAAUUAUAUUAAUGAUAUAUGCAUCAUAUUAAUAUAAUACACG